AUGGAUUCAAGAAGAAACCAAGACAAAAUAUCCGGUUUACCUGAUUUCAUCCUUGCUUUGAUCAUCUCUACUCUGCCUUUGAAGGAAGCUGUGAAGGCAAGUCUUGUUUCGAAGGGCUUGAACGAUCUUUAUCGUAAACGGUGUGUGAAUAACAUCGUUUUCAACGAGUCCGAGUUCAUGAAAUGUUAUGCUCCAAACGAUGAAAAAACCAAAAGGGUUACUAGGGUUUCUUUCGUUUACUUUAUGCUUGGAUGGUUUUCGAGACUUUCGGAUAAAGCCAUCGAAAGUUUCGAACUUUAUAUAUCCAAACCGGUGGGUUUCGAAACACAAAUCAACUCGCUCAUGGAAUUUGCAGUUUUCAAACAAGUCAAGAAUCUAAUUCUUGAUUUCUCAGAUCCUUCUUGGACUACCAAUAAUGAAGCAAGGGUGGUUCAAUUGCCUGAAUGUUUUUACAAUCUAAUAAACCUAGAGUCGCUUAAACUAUUGGCUUGCGGGUUUGAUCCAUCGAGGCUCAGGAGACCGGGUUCGCUAAAAGUUCUCUCUUUUGGUUGGAUCCAACUCAGACAAAUCAUGUCUUUGUUAUCAAGAUCUCCUAUGCUCGAGAGUCUAAGCAUUCAGAACUGCUGGGACGUCGGUCUAGAAGCGAUAACCGGGUAUAACAGCCGGUUAAGAGAAUUGGUAUUCGAGAAUUGCGGUUUCUCUGUGGCUUCUUCAACACUCGACUUGCCCAAUAUUCUGAUCUUCAAGUACUCUGGAAAAGUUCAUUUCUUUGAGUUCUUGAGAGUGAAUAGGGAAAUGAAAGAAGCAUAUUUGGAUUUUGGAGCAGAGACAGCAUACAAUGAAGAGACAGGAACACAACUCUCUGGUCUCCUUUAUGAUCUAUCAUCCGCUACAACAUUAACGGUCUGUCCUUUUCUCAUUCAGUUGGUUCAAUUUGGAAAAGAUCCGGUUCGACUAGGAGAACCAAUGGAAACUCGACAUUUGGUACUAAACACAAAUAUGCAUCCGAAUGAGUUCAUUGGAAUAAGACUCUUGAUCAAAAGCUGUCGGGAGUUGGAAACUCUCACGUUCCAAAUAGUUGCUCCUAGGCCUGUUCCAAUGAUAACUCCACCAGUGUUCGAUCCAGAUACAUAUUGGAAGUUCAGAAACAGCCAUGCGUGUUUGAAGGAGACGUUGAAGGUCGUGAAGGUGAGGGAUUUCACUGGUGGCAUGUACGAGUUACUUAUGUUGCAGUUCUUGUUUCGGUGUGGUCUUGUGUUGGAAAGGGUUGAACUUUAUUUGCCUAAGGGAUUGGGAGGAAUUGAAAAGCGUUUGGCACUUGCUGCAGCUCAAGAGGUUGGGAUGACGUUCAAGGCUGCUUCGGUGCAUUUGAGGAUUUUUCUCCGUAACGUUUGA